CUGCUGGGGCUGGUAGCAACAAUAAUGGCGACGCUGUGAGAAUCAAUGCUACUCAAUGGUGACGGGCCGAACGGAGUCAAGACGGGGGGAACGGGUGGGGCGAAACUUCAGGUACGAGCCAGGUGGUACAGAAGAGCCAGAGCACAAGAUGGACACCAGCUCAGCUGUCAUAACUGCUGCUACAGUGUCAGCCUUGAUGAGAGACAAGACAAAAACCCCAUCUUUUCUCUCAAACCUGGGCAAGCCAACCCUGCGAGGCAUCCGAAAGUGCCCCAAAUGUGGAAUGUAUAAUGGUACUCGGGGUCUCAGUUGCAAAAACAAGACAUGUGGGGCUGUUUUUCGAGAUGGGGCUCGCAAACCGCAGCCAUGCAUGGAUGCUGUUAAGAUCUUGACUGGCUCAGAUGCUCAGGUGUUCUCUGUGCGUCACAGGGACCGAGGUCCAGAGUACAGGGGAUUUGUAGAGUUAAGCACAACAGAAACAAGCAUUGAGACUGCUGAUGGCACAUUAAUUACCCAGAUCAGCUCAGGACACUGCUUUGUGUCAUCCUGUGGUAAAGCUACAAGAAGGGCAAAUCCAGAAAGUCCUUGUUUGCACAUGAAGACUGCUAUGGAAUGCCAAAGUGAAGCUACCCCUUUGACUUUGAAAAGCUCUGUCCUGAGCUCUCUCCAGAUCACUCCGGAAACAAAGCAAACAAUAUGGCAGCUAGCCACUGAAUCCACUGGACCACUGGUGCAGAGAAUUUCUAAAAAUGUUAUGGUGGUGAAAUGCAAAGUCAGUGACAAACACUUGCUUGGUUAUCUCCAUGUCUCAUUCAGUGAAAGGAGUAAGGCCAAGGAAGUAAUGGAACUCAGGUUUCAGUGCCCAUGUAACAUUUCUAAAACUGGCAAGACAGGCUCUAUAGGCCUGUCUUUGGUAGGUGGCCUUGAAGAGGGAGACAGUGCUCCACAGCAGCACUGCAUUCACUUUUAUGCCUGCAUCUGUGCAUUUGCCAGUGAUGAACAACUGGCAGAAGAGUUCUCUGGGUUUAUCAACUAUAGCACAAACGGUUUGCAAGUAAAGCCAGAAGCUGAACUAAGCUUUCCUAAUGCUGUUAUGCUCACAAAGUCCUGCAUUCCUGCUUAUUCAAAGAAAGUCAAAAAAGAAGGCUGCAUAACAAGCAGUCAUGCUCUUUCUGGACAAGAGGGGGUAAACACCAAUCUAAGAAAGUCGACUUCUAAAAAAAAUGCUUUCUCUUCAGUGCUGAAGAGACAAGGAAGUAGCCAAACAGUGGAUGAAUCCCAUAUCACUCUGCCAUUCCAUCAGUGGCUUUCUAGUGUUACAGAGAGAAUCCACCAGACCAUGCAUUUCCAGUUUGAUGGAAAACCAGAACCCCUGGUGUUUCAUAUUCCACAGAGCUUUUUUGAAGCCCUCCAGCAAAGAAUAUCUUCUGGAAGCAGGAAAAAAAGACUGCCCAAUUCUACCACGGCAUUUGUUAGAAAAGAUGCUCUACCACUAGGCACAUUUUCAAAAUAUACGUGGCAUAUCACCAAUAUUUUGCAGGUGAAGCAGAUAUUUGAUACUCCAGAGAUGCCCUUAGAAGUAACUCAGAGUUUCAUUAAGAAUCGUGAUGGCACAUUUGAAUUGUUCCGCUGUCCAGAAGUACAGGUUGAAUCUAUUACAGAUCCUUAUGGUCGAGUUGACAAGCAGCCCGCCAUUCGACCGCUAGAACUGAAGACAUUUCUUAAAGUUGGGAACACUACUCCUGAUCAGAAGGACCCCACACCAUUUGUAAUAGAGUGGAUCCCUGACAUCCUGCCUCAAUCCAAGAUUGGGGAACUCCGCCUCCGCUUUGAAUAUGGACAUCUGCACAAUGGACAUGUGGAAUAUAUGGUGCAGCCAGCUUGUGCUGAGCACACUGUAGAGCUUUGUCCAGCAGUCACUGGUAUUUCUCUCCACUGAGAUCAGCAUUUUGAGCACCCUUAGCUCCUUUGGUUCUUCAGUACAUGACUAAACUGUUUCUAUUCCAUACUUUGUAUCUCCUCUAUCCGAGGAAGCACAGCUUUUCAUAAUCAUGUUACUGAUUUUUUUUUUUUUUGUUUUCCCCACACACUUGCCAGUUGGCCAUACAUGGUUUUGAAAUACUGGGCUCUUAAUAAUUCUGAAGUAAACCCACAUUAAUAAUAUAGAAGAAAAUAAAAAGAAGCUGAGUUUGAGUUACCUGUAAUUUACCCAUUUUAUUUCUAUUUUGCCCGGAUAGUGUGGUAAUUUAGACUGUGUCAGAUGGUGCCUCUGCUUCCAUGUAUUGUUAUGCGUCCUGCAGGGUUAGUUGCUUUAUAAUCCUUAGUAGUUGGCUGAGUCCCUGGUUUUCACAUUUAGAUUCCUUUAGUGUUCAUGAGCACACCAGAAUGUGUGCUAGGUCAUAGAUGUUUCAUUGAAAACUGAAUCUUCUUACUUUAACUGAGAAAGGUCUAUCCAGAUUCGGGGUUGAGAUACAUAUAGCUGUGUAUAGUAUGUCUGUAUUAUGAACUUCACUGUCUGCUUCCUUAGUCCAUUUACUGUUACAGAAAAGAAGAGGGCUAAUGAUUUUUCAGUUCUGAUUCACAGAAUCAUUUUUCUUUCAAGACUUACUAUACCAUGAGGAUCUAACUAUUUUAUCAUGAAACUCAUUUCGAAUUUUCAGCUCUUGACUGGUUGUUUUGUAACUGGCAUAAUCUAUUAAGAUGGAUCACAGUUUUAUUUUUUAAAUGCAAGGCAAGGUACUAGCAUUUUGAUCUGUUGAUCUCAUUGUUAGAUUUUCUCUUCCUCUGUUUUAAAAAACAAAAUGUUCUGGGUUUUUAGUUGGUAUCCCUUGGUAGGUUUGAAUCAAUCGUCUCUUGUUCCCAUGUGUAUUGCUGCUAUAAUAGGAAAGAGUAUUUUCUCCCAGUGUUUGUUUAAUUGAAUGUAUGUUGCUCUGCACAGAAUUAUGUUGUAUUGUUCUUUUUUGAUGCAGUUUGUUUGAUAGUUCAGAAUCUCUCAAAAUUAUCAAAAUGGUCUAUUUUUUAUCAUUUGUGCACUUUUUCCUACUUGAGAGGUAAGUACUGUUAGCCAGUCAUUUAACUGAAUUACUGCUCUACAACAGAUUUGGUUUACCUCAGGGUAAUGUCUGUGAGAAUAAGCAUAUUUAUACUUUUAAAGUCUGUCUUAAAAUUAUCCCAACUUACACUGCAUAAUUCAGAAUAUAUAUUUUAAGUAAUGCAAUAUAUUGGUCCCAGCUGCAUAGUAAUUUCAGGUAACUCUUUUCCUGUUUGGUAGCUGGUGCUAGCUUUAAAAGCAAUUGUGUAUUCAUUGCAAAUAACUGGACAUUAACACAGUUGAUGACAUGGAAAGCAAUUGGAAAUUGUGUUGAUCCAAGUCCUAAAAUAUCAUAGUUAAUUUUAUGACAUAAUUGCAAGGCAUUUUUUGGUGGAAUGAAUUUUCACCAACUUUGUGUCAGUAAAAUAGUGUGACCAGUAUACAGCAUAGAUGAAGCCACCUAAAACAUGAAUCCCAAAUACCUGCUUAGCUCAGCAUCAGUGAACACCAAUUGGCCGUUGCCUUGCCAAGCCCCAGCUUAGCAAUUCCUAGUGAUAUUUGUGUGGUUAGGGAACAACUUGCUUUUGAACAUAUGUCUAGGAGUCAAAGAAAUACAUGUAAUGCCUCUUUAGAUAUAAAGUACUUAUGUACUUAAUAGGUGUUUUUUAAGAGUGAAACAAUAACACGUAACAGAAUGUAAGUAUCUUAAUUGCUGCUAUGGUUAGCACUGCUGUCGGCUUCAGUAGCCCAGAUUCAAUCCUUACUUCAUAACUCCAUAUACAAUUGCAUGAUUUUUUCAUUUCUGUAUGGGAUUCUGCAAAUAUCCCGUUUUUCCUUAUUCGACCCAAAGAUAUGCUUGUAAAGCCUGGAGACUCUAAAUAUACUGCCUAUGAAUGAGUAUUGCCUGCAGUGAAGUGCUACUCCAGUUCAGUGUAGGUUCCUGACUUGUGUAUAAUGCUACAGUUGUCAUUUUAAAAUACAGAGAAAGGAUGUACAUUACUUAGUAUUCUUAUUUUUAAUCUGCAUAACUUGAAUUUUAAGUACAUACUGAAGUAGUUGUCAGUGAAUUUAGAUCAGCUAGACCCUGUAUGCCUAAUUCAUUUCACAUUUAAAACCUUUCCUUAAAAAAGUUAAAACAAAACUGAAAGUGAUUUAUCUUCCCCUGCCAACUUAGAGCAUUUGCUUCGGAUCUGUGCAAUUCCAAAACCUGUUUUGUCUUAUCCUUACUAGUUCUUUUAGAAGAUAUAUGCUUGAAGCUUUUAAAUCCACAGCAACAGUCUGCACUGGCAAAAUAAUCAUAAAUAAAGCUUGCAGAUAACAGAACCUUCUACUACAAUGAUGAAUGUAGCCAAAGGAAAUUAAACCUCCAGACACAUCCUUUAAUGCGGGUGGUAGAAAACUGCAGUCUAUUGCUUGCUGUUUUAGUUUGAUUUGAGAGUUGUGAAGUGUAUGUCAGGAACAUAUUUAGUUUUAAACAAAGGUGACAAGCUUUGAAUAAUUUUUGUAGUCUGUUUCUGAGAAGAAAGACAUUGAAUUAAUUCACUUAAAUAUUCACUGUUUUACAGGGUGUGGCUAUAAGGAACUGCCUUGCUCUACAUGCAUAUACUGUCCCAUUUCACCUGACAGACACUUCAUUUAAUACUGAACAUUUUAUAUUUAAGUUAAAAAGUUGUUUUUUUUUUUCAUUUUGUGAAUAUAAUAGCUAUUUUACUAUUCUCAAUUAUUCACCCUGGUUUUACAUUUCUGUCAUUUUCUUGAGAUGUAUUAAGCAGAUAUUUAAUGUAAUUGGUUUCUUUACCCCUCUCCCCCAUUUAAAAUAUUUGCAUAGUAUUAAUGUUCUAUAAAGUAAAAAUAAGAUGUGUAUGUCUCAUGAAACACCUGAUGUAACCAAGACUGAGCAGUGUUUUAUUUCAGUGUUUAGUACUGUACACGUACAGCCUGGACUGGACAAAGUCUGGGGGAGGUCUAUGUCGUAAUUUUCUUUAUUGUGAAGUAUUUGUCCCACAACAGUGUUUAUUGACUUAACAUAUUUUAAGUCUUCAUCUGUAUUUCUACUGUACCCUAAAAACCCAAUCACUUAUUAAACAUAUAUAUUUUAGUG